UCAGAGAUUUUCUGUUUAAUAACCUUCAGAGCCCUCUUUCUCUUCUCUCUUCAUCAUCCCUGUGGAAUUAAGCAAUUAUGAGAACUUGCCGCCUCCACGGAAAUCUGCACUAUACAGCAGCAUUUCCCGGUUUCCGAAAGCAAAACAAGUCUAUUGCACCACUGCCCUUCCAUGUCUACAGAUCUUCGCGCUUGUCCAUACAGUGUGCUGUUCGCUUCCGCCCUUGCAUCGACAUACACAAGGGAAAAGUGAAGCAAAUUGUUGGGUCUACUCUUCGGGAUUUAAAAGAUGAUGGAUCUAUUCUUGUAACAAACUUUGAAUCAGACAAAUCUGCCGCAGAGUUUGCCAAUUUAUACAAAGAAGAUGAGCUUACUGGUGGUCAUGUAAUCAUGCUUGGUGCUGAUCCUUUAAGCAAAACUGCUGCUAUUGAAGCACUACAUGCCUAUCCUGGCGGCUUGCAAGUUGGAGGCGGUAUAAAUUCAGACAAUUGUUUAAGUUACGUCAAAGAAGGAGCCAGCCAUGUCAUUGUCACUUCAUAUGUUUUCAACAAUGGUCAAAUGGACCUGGAAAGACUAAAAGAUCUUGUCAGUAUUGUUGGAAAGCGAAGGCUGGUGCUGGACCUUAGCUGCAGAAAGAAGGAAGGUAGAUAUGCAAUUGUAACUGAUAGAUGGCAAAAGUUCAGUGAUGUCUAUCUUGCUGAGGAAGUAUUACAAUUUCUUGCCAACUAUGCGGAUGAGUUUUUGGUUCACGGUGUUGAUGUUGAAGGGAAAAAGCUGGGAAUUGAUGAAGAGCUUGUGGCAUUGCUUGGCAGGUACUCUCCGAUUCCGGUGACCUAUGCUGGUGGCGUGACUGUAAUGAAUGAUUUAGAGAGGAUAAAGACUGCAGGACAGGGACGUGUAGAUGUUACUGUGGGUAGUGCUCUUGAUAUCUUUGGAGGCAACUUACCCUACAAGGAUGUUGUUGCUUGGCAUAUCCAGCAAGAGUCCUUGACGGUGUAGUUCCUCAAAUGUUUCAUUUGCAUGUUUAUCAUCAAGCAAGAGGAAAAGGGUUCUAUUUCAUUUUUUAUUUCGUAAUUGCUUAGAUUUUUAUACUCGUUGCCUGUAUGGAGGAUUGUGUCUUAUACUGUCUUGUUAUACGUUUUUAUUGAAACCUUUUGGCUACUGAAUUUUGUUGGGGGAUAGAAAGAUUUGCUUUGGCCUGAUGGAAGAACUGAAAAUUUGCUACUGAAUUAAAAUUUACAAUCGUAUUUCAUUACA